AUGAGCAGUUCCUGUGUGACACUGGCUGAGGUCCUGUGGGCAAAAGGAAGCCCUUUGGAAGAAGAAGAAAUAUGGGCACUCUUGUACCUGGCCACAGUGCAGCUUCUGGAGGACCUUCACAAAGACCCUGCCAUCUAUGUGAUUUGUCCAUGGUCAGUACUACUGUCUGCUGAAGGAAAUUUGUCCUUCAAAACCAAUGCAUCUCAGAUGGAAGCUGUCCCAUUCAGUGCACCAGAAUUGCUUCACAGACAAAGUAAAAACCAGCUCUUUGGACUAACAAAGAUGUUGGUGUAUUCCUUAGGAAUGACCCUCUAUUGGUCAGUAGACUUCCAGGUUCCUCCAAAUCAGUCCCUCCAGCUGAGUGACCAACUACACACGCUCUUGCUGAUGCUAUGUGAAGAUCAGCCACAUAAAAGAGUUUCUCCUGAAUCAAUUCUGGAAGCAUGUGAGGCACAUCAGAAGGAAUUUUCUCCCUUACCAGCAAAUGUCUACGUAAAGAAAAUGGUCCAAUUUGCUGUGGGAAGUGUCAAUGAGGUGGAGAGGACACUCACCGAAGACAGCACAGCCUCUCAGCUUGACAGAAGCCAUGUGAUAAGGAAAAGACUGCAUGAGAAAAUAUCAGACACAUCCCCACUGUCCUCCCAAAUGAAUUUUCACCAAGGGUCCACAUUAAUGAAUUACAGUCAGUCAACAGAAGAUUACAAAGAUUACAGACCACUCUCUGUGGAUUACAGUGACUCUAAUAGUAUUUCUGAAAGUACAUCUUUGAUACUCUCUAACCGAGGACACAGGGGAGGGAAAGUUCCACAGACACACGUGUCACGGGACCCCACCUUUAGUGGGUCAAGAACACAAAGUAGCUACAAGCUCUUCAUAAACAGGUCUGUCAGUGCUGUAGAAGAAAUUCCUGGUGGGACUCAGAGCAGCAGACACAACCUGCUAAGUUUAGGUUCCACCUUCUCCGUGUCUGCAGCGGACUACACAGCAGCUGCUGCAUCACAGAAAUGUUUGUUCCACAAGAAGGAAAAGUUUUCAGGUCCAGAAUUUAUUAUUUUGUCUAGUGAACCACCAGUGACCUUACAGCUGCCUGGAUCAAUUGUGACUAAAAAAGGGAAAUCCUAUUUGUCCCAAAGGGAUCUCAAUGUGGUUCUACUCAAUGGGCAGUGCCUUGAGGUGCAAUGUGAUAUCAAGUCCAAGGCAAGAGAUGUUUUCAACACUGUGGUGGCGUAUGCAAAUUUGGUGGAACAUUUCUACUUUGGCUUGGCUUACCUGAAAGGUAAAGAAUUUUUCUUUUUGGAUGAGGAGACAAAACUCUACAAAGUGGCCCCAGAUGGCUGGCAUGACCAACCCAAGAAGAAAACCUCAAUCAUUAAUUUCACACUCUUCCUAAGGAUAAAAUUCUUUGUCAACCAAUUUAACGUUAUCCAGCACAGCUUGACAAGACAUCAGUUUUACCUGCAGCUUCGUAAAGAUAUUUUGGAGGAGCGGUUGUAUUGCAACAAUGAGACUGCCCUGAAACUCGGUGCUUUGGCAUUACAGGCAGAACUUGGCAAUUACACUUCAGAGAUGCAUGGAAAGAGCUAUUUUCGUGUUGAAGACUAUGUUCCAGCAAGCCGAAUAGAGAAAAUGACCCUGACUUCUGUACAAAGAUCACUUGCUAAAUUACAUCGUAUGAAUCGUUCUCUUUUUGAGGAUGAAGCUGAGCUUCAGUUUUUAAAGGUGACUCAGCAGCUUCCUGAAUAUGGUGUGUUAUUCUACCGUGUGUCCCAAGAGAAGAAAGCAGCAGCAGGAGGAGAUAUCACUCUUGGAAUCUGUGCCAAAGGCAUCAUUGUGUAUGAGGUCAAAAAUCACACAAGAAUUGCCAGCUUAAGAUUCCAGUGGCGUGAAACAGAGAGAAUUUCUGCUCAUAGAAAAAAGUUCAUGAUUGAAAGCAGCUUCAGUGGCAAGAAGCACACCUUCAUUACCGAUACAGCAAAGACCUGUAAAUAUCUGUUAGACCUCUGCUCUGCCCAGCACAAAUUCAACGCACAGAUGAAUUCUAGGCAACUUCAGCAAACUUCAUCAGAGGAAAAUAAAUUUAUGGAAAUAGACAAAUCAAAUUCUGCAUAUUUAGGUCAGCUUGAACACCUGGCCCUGAUUCAGAGACUGUCUCGUUCAGAGAAUGUGCUCUAUGGAGCACACCUGGAAAACCUUUCUGCUGGGAUGAUGAGCAAAUCUUGUGAUAAUCUCAGUGUGGAAACCAACAACAGGACUAGAGAUAAAUGCAAUCUUGGCAGCUGUUUUGUCUCUGCAGCACCUGGAUCACCAGCCACCCAAAAGGAAGUUUUGCUAAGUGGUGUAGAGAGAGAAAUUAUUUGUGUCAGCCUAAAACGUGACCCUAAGAAUGGAUUUGGUUUUGUAAUUAUUGGAGGGGAAAAUGUAGGAAAAUUAGACCUUGGUAUCUUUAUCGCUUCAAUUAUCCCUGGGGGACCUGCAGACAGAGCUGGAAAUAUCAAACCAGGAGGACGACUCAUCUCUGUGAAUAAUAUUAGUCUUGAAGGAGUUUCGUUUAACACUGCAGUUAAAAUAAUUCAGAAUUCUUCUGAUGAAGUGGAACUCAUCAUCUCUCAACCUAAAGACAUGUAUGAAGAAGGAGUAAAUGAAGAAAAGACUCUCUCAAGAGGAAACAGCACUAGUGGAUCUGAGAUCUCUUGUGUAGACAGUGGGAGAAGAAAGAUUCAGGAUUGUCAUACAGCUCUCUCCAAAGAACAGGACAUAAAUGGAGAUGAACUUGAAAAGACUGUUUCUGGGAGUAUAGCACUAAAAUUGGGCCCCAGGAUUCAACUUCCUCCAUCUGAUAACCUGGAUGUGGAGGAAACUGAAUCUCUGGACUUACCAUCUCCAUCUGAAGCCAAGUCAAAGGAAAUCUAUACUGUUGAGCUUGCUAAAGAAGAUGGAAGUUUUGGGAUCACUGUGACUGGUGGAAUUAACACCAGUGUGCAUCAUGGUGGGAUAUAUGUGAAGUCAAUUAUUCCCAGGGGACCAGCAGAUAAGAAUGGACAAAUCAAGAUAGGUGAUCGUCUGCUGGAAGUAGAUGGCAUCAGCCUCUGUGGCAUCACCCACAAACAGGCUGUGGAACACCUUAAGAAAUCUGGCCAGAUUGCCAAGCUGGCUCUAGAAAGGGGAAACUACCACCUGACAGAGCCUUGCCUGAUUGCUAAUGACAGAAAGGGGGACCAAGGAGCUGUUGUUUCUGUGGCAACAUCCUUCCCAGAUGGUACCAAGGACUACUGCUUUUUGACAGAUGAUAAUAUAUUUGAAGUCAAAUUGACAAAGAAUUCUGGAGGCCUUGGCUUCAGUGUUUUACAAAUGGAAGAAGAUGAUUGCAAACACCUUGGAGGGGCUAUUGUCAGGAUCAAAAGACUGUUUCCAGGGCAGCCAGCUGCAGAGAAUGGUGAAAUUGAAGUUGGAGACAUAAUUUUAGCUGUGAAUGGGAAAACUGUUCAAGGACUCCUGUAUCAGGAUGUCCUGCACUUGUUGAGAGGAGCCCCUCCAGAAGUUACACUGCUACUUUGCAGACCACCAAAAGGUGUUCUUCCAGAAAUAGAGCAGAUUGCCCUGCUUCAACUCAACCUCUAA